CGGUAACCUCGGUAUAUUGCUGCUGGCACGGUGGCACCGUUUCUCCCUUUCAUCUGAGGGGACAUUAUCCGGUUCUUGGGGAUUUUCUUCACAUUGUCUUUAUAAAAAACCCACUGCCCUUGCUCUUUACGUCUUGAUUCACACAGUAGCUGUUGUUCUGAUCUCCUGAGAUGGCCUCAUAGUCAUCCUACAUAAAAGCCUGCACUCUAGGUCCUUUACACAUCAACUACCAUGAGUUCCACGAGUAGCCGAACGAUGAAGCUCCCUCUUAUCCCUCUAGCGAAGGGAACUCUCCUCCUUCCCGGCACGACCUUGCGAAUUCCCCUUGCGGACCGUUCCGAUAUACCAAUCCUAUUGACGUCCGUAUUUAGUCGAUCUUCUCAAAGAUACAGUAAUGCCCCAAUUAUUGUCGGCUGCGUCCCUCUUGGUUCACCGCUCCUUUCGAAGGACGGUCAACGCUUGCUAGAAGAUGGAGAGCAUGAGAACGAACGAUCCCAAGAUACUACGAAGGUUGACCCGGCACGUGCAUCCAGAGGGGAUUUAUUUGGAUAUGGUACCGUUGCCAAAAUCAUUGGUGUCCAAGGCCGGCCGAAUGCCGAACCGUACAUGCUCGUAGAAGGGGCAAAGAGGUUUACAAUUCGCAAAUUUACAAAGGACAAGCCACAUUUUGAAGCCGAAGUUGUCGUUUAUGAUGAGCCAGUGCCUCAUUCCAUUGAUGCCGAAAUCCCAGAUCUGUUUGAUCAACUCAAACACUUGUCUCGCGAGUUUCUCGCGUUGCUAAGGUUGGCGUCAAUGUUCUCGUCGAAGUCAGGCAUGUCGCCACUUGUUGCGAGAAGGUUCGAGCUUCUCAUCUCCAAAAAGGACCUUUCCCAGGCGGGUAGUCUCGCCGACUUCAUGGCAGAAAUAGCCGAUGGGAGCUUUGAAGAGAAGUUACGAGUAUUGGCGUCAUUGGACCUGAAGACUCGGCUGGAACGCGUAGUUGAAUUGCUUGUCAAGCAGGUGCAGUCCAUCAAAAAUGUCAUCAAAGUUACCACUAUCUCCACGACCGGUCUGCCCACAAACAUCGGAAUCGACAUAAAUACGCUGGACCCUCGCCAGAGAGAAAUGUUUGCAAGACGCCCAGCUGGUGCGGUUAUGCCGUUGGGAAAGGGUGAUGGCGAAGGGGAGAAGGAAAAUAGCGAAAUCGAUGAGCUCCAGCAGAGACUCCAGGAUGCCCAGUUGAGCCCUGAAGCCCAAAAGGUUGCCGAUCGAGAACUCAAGCGAUUACGGCAAAUGAACCCGAUUAAUGCGGAAUAUGGCGUGUGCCGUACCUACUUGGAGAAUCUAGCCGAAAUUCCAUGGACAAAGGUGACAGAGGACCAGCUUGGCGUUGAAACAUUGCAACGAGCACGGAAACAACUCGAUGAUGACCACUAUGGCCUGGAGAAAAUCAAGAAGCGGCUGCUGGAGUAUCUGGCAGUUCUCAAACUUAAACAGUCACUUAACAGCGAAGUUGAUGCCGAGAUCUCCAAGCUGUCCUCUGAUCUAAAUGCCACUGAGGGGAAAUUGGAUGAGGGAGAACCAGUACCUGACGCCGAGCGCGACAAUAUUGAAGCCAAGCUGCAUGUGCUUAAGUCUAAGCGAAAGACUGAUAAAUCACCAAUUCUACUUCUAGUCGGCCCUCCUGGCACUGGUAAGACCAGUCUUGCAAAGUCAAUUGCGACGUCUUUAGGACGCAAAUUUCACCGGAUUUCACUGGGAGGAGUGAGAGAUGAGGCAGAAAUUCGAGGCCAUCGUAGAACAUAUGUUGCAGCCAUGCCUGGUCUCAUCGUGAAUGGUCUCAAAAAGGUUGGCGUUGCAAAUCCGGUAUUCCUGCUCGAUGAAAUUGACAAAGUGGGCGGUGCAAACUUCCACGGUGAUCCAUCAGCAGCGAUGCUCGAAGUUUUGGAUCCUGAGCAGAAUCACAGCUUUUCGGAUCAUUACAUCAAUAUUCCAAUCGACUUGAGCAAAGUAUUAUUCAUUGCAACUGCCAACUCGCUGGACACGAUUCCUGCUCCAUUGCUUGACCGUAUGGAAACAAUACAGCUGUCAGGCUAUACCACCAUCGAAAAGCGACAUAUCGCGAGGAGACACCUCGUCCCGAAACAAGUCAGAACGAACGGUCUCUCCGAAGGACAAGUCGAAUUGUCAGACGACAUCCUCGACAAAAUAAUUACAUCAUAUACUCGUGAGUCCGGAGUUCGCAACUUGGAAAGGGAGAUAGGCUCCGUUUGUCGAUUCAAAGCUGUUCAGUACGCAGAUGCAAAGGAUGCCAACAAAGUUGCUACAUACAAUCCCAAUGUCACCAUUGAAGAUCUGGACGAGAUCCUUGGCAUUGAGAAAUUCGACGAAGAAAUUGCGGAGAAACAUGCGAGACCUGGGAUUGUCACUGGCCUUGUAGCGUACUCGAGUGGUGGCCAAGGCAGUAUCCUUUUCAUUGAAGUUGCUGACAUGCCCGGAAAUGGAAGUGUUCAACUGACUGGCAAACUUGGUGACGUCUUAAAGGAAUCCGUCGAGGUCGCUUUGACCUGGGUCAAAGCCCACUCGUAUGAACUAGGUGUCACACAGGACCCAAAUGAGGACAUCAUGAAGCAUCGCAGCCUCCACGUCCACUGCCCAUCUGGAGCCAUUCCAAAGGAUGGCCCUUCUGCAGGCCUCGCUCAUACUAUUGCCUUGGUUUCGCUUUUCGCGGGUAAAACAGUUCCUCCAGAGAUUGCCAUGACAGGCGAAAUCUCUCUUCGUGGACGGGUGAUGCCAGUUGGCGGUAUUAAGGAGAAACUCAUCGGUGCCCAUAGGGCCGGUGUAAAGACAGUCCUUCUUCCCGAUCAUAAUCGAAAAGAUGUGCGGGAUGUUCCCAUGGAAGUGCAGAGCGGCCUCGAAAUUGUCUAUGUCAAGCAUAUCUGGGAAGCUAUUCGACACAUUUGGCCCCACGGCCAUUGGCCAGGUGAACAUCGUCACCCGCUAUUUGAAAGCAGGCUGUAGUCCCAUUUUAAUGCAUAUCGGAGUGUUCUUCACACCAGAUUUGAUUAGUCCUUUUGUGUCACGCACAUUACAUAUCGUGAUAUAGCGACGGUGUUGGAGAGAAGUGGCGAUUUUGUCUUGCUUUGAGCGUUGGACUUUUCAGCUCAGUCAUAUGUAUACUACUAUAAUCAUUGCACUCUAUUUCUAGUUCUUUAUUUCG